AACUUGCCACCCGAUUACAUUAGAAAUAUUAAAAACCCACCAAAUUCAGUAAUACCUGAAAUAAUAAUUCCUACAAGUGCAAUACCCUAUUAUCCAGUAUUAAUAAGUGGAAGGAAUUUUGGUACAGACCCAAAGAAAAUAAUAAUAUAUAUUGGUGGAAUAUUAUGUGAUAAUAUUUCAUUUUUUACAAAUCACAACAGUAUACAGGAUUCCAAUGAAUAUUAUAAAGAUAACUAUUUUGACUCAAACGGUCAAAAUGGUGAAGUUUCAAUGGAGUUAUAUCAAACGAUGGACUAUUUAACAAAUUUAGUACAGAGUAGUAUGGAAAACAAUUUUCAAAUUCUUAAGUGUGAUUUAAAAUUAAUAAAUAUAAGCAGUACCUAUUUAAAUGCACAAGAUAUAUAUAUUGUUGCAAAUGGGGUAUUGGGUGUAGAACAUAACAAAUUUUUAUUUAACGAUAUUUCAAAUUGUAAUGGAAUUAACGACAACUGUUUCAAUGAUGGACAAUGCUAUUUAGGAACAUGUAUUUGUAAGGAGAUUGAAGAUGUCGGCCCGCAGUGCAGUUUAAAGAGAGCAGAUUAUAUAGCGCCACUAGAACUAGACCCCUAUUACCCUUAUAUAACAUAUUCAAAUGGAAACACCUCAUGGAGUAUAGAAUUUACAGACUUAAUGCUUUUAAUGAAUGGUUUUGAACCCCAAAGAGGAAAAUCUAAAGUUAAAAAAAAUAAUACAAAAAUUAACAAUAAUAGCAAUAAUAAUAGCAAUAACCUAAUAGCUUCAUAUGUAUAUAAUAAUGAAAACUAUGACCAAAGAUAUAUUUUAAAUCAUAAAGAUGUAAGAAUAAUAAUAUCAAUAAUAAAAAAUAAAAACGAAACCAAUGAUUUACAAUUCGACCAUCAAAACAAUAAAAAGAUAUUUUAUAUAAGUGGCGACCUCAGAUUACUUAUAACUAUAGAUAGAUUAGCUCCAUAUUUACAAAUGAAUUAUACAUUCAAGUUGGUCUUCAACAUCAUAACAAAUCUCAAAGAAAGAAACCAAUGCCAAUCUAGGGGUGUAAGUGAAUUCGAAUAUGGUAGAGGUUACAGCAGAGAUGAUAUUAGAUGGGUAUACAUUCGUUAUGAUUAUGACAUAUUGUAUUCAAGAAUCUAUGGAAAAUGUAUAGCAGAUCAACUCCCCCAAUCAUGUAUUAUAGAUUUGGAUGAAAACCCAUUCGAGCAAGAAAUGGGUUCAGGAAAAUUUUUUGUAUUUAUUGAACCUUUUAAAAACAAUGUAACAUUAAAACCAGACUUUUCAAUUUUAAAAUAUAUAUCAAAUUAUAACGAUUAUCUCAACUGUGAUGAACACCAACCACAAGAUAAGCCAUCACAUUGGCUAAUACCAGCAAUAGUGCCAAUUAGUGUAAUAGGAAUAUCCAGUUUAAUUUUAAUAAUUCUAAACUUAUUAAAAGUUAAUAGAACAUCUUUAAAACUCAACGAAAUAUACUUUGAAAACAAUAUAAAUAACAAUAAUAAUGAUAGUUUUCAAAAAUUUAGUCAACAAAAUAAUAGCAACAAUAACUUUAAUAAUAACAAUAUAGACAAUAAUAUAAAUAAAGAUAAUAUAAAAUAUAGUUUAGAAAAUAAUAUUGAAGAAACUUUUAUAAAGGAAAAUAAUAUUUCAAAUGAUACAAGUGGAAAUAAGGAAUAUACAAAUAAUUUUAAAAAAAGAAAAAUAUAA